GCAGCCAAGGACAAGGGGAGAAUGCCACGCAAGAUAGAAGGCUUCUUGUUUUUACUUCUCUUUGGCUAUGAAGCCACCCUGGGAUUAUCGUCUACGGAGGAUGAGGGUGAGGACCCCUGGUACAACAAAGCGUGCAAGUGUGACUGCCAAGGAGGCGCCAAUGCCCUGUGGUCUGCGGGCACCACCCCCUUAGACUGCAUACCGGAAUGCCCGUAUCAUAAGCCCCUGGGGUUCGAGUCAGGAGAGGUUACACCAGACCAGAUUACCUGCUCCAACCUGGAGCAGUACGUGGGCUGGUAUUCCUCGUGGACUGCCAACAAGGCCCGGCUCAACAGUCAAGGCUUUGGGUGCGCCUGGCUCUCCAAGUUCCAGGACAGCAGCCAGUGGUUACAGAUAGAUCUGAAGGAGGUCAAGGUGAUUUCAGGGAUUCUCACCCAGGGCCGCUGUGACAUCGAUGAGUGGAUGACCAAGUACAGCGUGCAGUACAGGACCGAUGAGAGCCUGAACUGGAUUUACUAUAAGGACCAGACUGGAAACAACCGGGUUUUCUAUGGAAACUCAGACCGAACCUCCACAGUCCAGAACCUGCUACGGCCCCCCAUCAUUUCCCGCUUCAUCCGGCUCAUCCCGCUGGGCUGGCACGUGCGCAUUGCCAUCCGGAUGGAGUUGCUGGAGUGCGUCAGCAAGUGUACCUGACGGGGUGCCCGCCAGGGUGCGGAGGGCGUGGAGCAGCCGGGCGACCGCUGAUCUACCGCUGUGAGCAACAGGGCUGUAUCUUACAGGCUCUACUCAAUGCAGAGCUGGGCAGA